UCUAUGUUUCUAUGGAAUUGUACGGCUUUUGUUUUCCCGGAGUUUAUCUCGCGUUGAAUGGAUUAUACACUUGGAAGGAAGUUGUACGGAAAGACCAUCCUCGCAAAACGUACCCCCGGGUCACGUUCUCAAUCAAAUUGGGAGGCCCGACCAGAUGAACCAUCAGUAGUAAGGGGAUCACUCCCUGAAAGUCGAUACAUCUGUGUGCAGCAGCCAGUGACAUUACACUGUGUAGUCAAUGUUGCAACGGCACACGACUGCAGACCCAAACAUCCCAUUGGGCUCAGACCCCUGCGGGUCCGCCCCCGGUAACUGGCGUGAAUAUAAAAGCUGGAACACCUGCAAGCCGCUGGAAAGAGGUGUGGUCGCUCACUGGAGAGAGGGAGUUGACGGUUGCUCGCUUGAGCACGACUGCGUUGUCUACAGCCAGAGAUAUGAAGCUCCCAGUACCCAUUGUGAUCCUCUGUUGUAGUCUAGUCAACAUGCUCAAAAUUGAAGCAUCAGAGAUAUUGAUUGUACCAGAAGUUGUUAGUCUGACAGUUGACAGCAUUCAGACAGUUAAAAUUGUCAUAAGUGUUCCACUGCCAGAGGCUGUCGUCAUCAGAUUUUCUGUAUUUUACUCAUCUAAGCAAACUAAUAUUGUUGAGCUCCCAGAACAAGUUCUAUUACCCCAGUUUACAAGCUCUUCAUCCUUCCCAGUUAAAGCAGUUGAAGUUGGACAAGUUAGCAUUCACCUUCAGUCUAACAGCAGCAAUCUGACCAGGCAUGUAUCUCUAUAGAACAGACCAUAAAGCAACUCAGUUUCUCCUGUUUUGCCUCAUGUGUACCAAUGAUGGACUCCCAUUGGAACAUGAGUGUAUCUAUUCCUUCUGAACAUGUCACUAUGUGCUGAUCUACAUUAUCUCAAAUUACUGCCUUCAGCUUUAAAUGUCUGUACAAUAAUUUAACCAGAUCCAGUUUGACUUCCAAUUACCUACCUUCAAACCCAGAUUCUUCUUUCCAAUUGUUUGGGGGAAAGCAAUAUGCCUUUCUUGUCCAUCCCUUCUCAUGAAGAAAGAGCUGUUAUCUUUGCUAAUAUUUUGGCUACGGGUUGGUUUGAGUCGGAACACAGAUAAAACAUUUGGCAGAUAAUAUUUUCAACUUCUGUG